CAUAUCAGAAAUAAAUUUCAGGUGUAUGUCAACCAAAGUCAUCAAGUUAAAAGGUUGCAGAGGGUAGACGAUUGACACGCCAGGGUUGUAUAGGUAGGAAUAAGACAUUUCUGGUAUUUCUGGCAGUAUUUGUCAUUGUUGUAAGUUAUCUAGUAUACUUCGGAUAUAAUCAGACGAAGGUAAACAGGGAUUUAAUGACAGUUCUUACAUCCUCCAACCAACAUGCUGAUAGAUUACUUGGCGGUGCAAUACCAGUCUCAGAUAAUACGCGGAAAAACUACCUUAAUAUUGGAAUGCGCAAAGACUAUCUACUCCAAGAAUGCCAAGGCACACAUUUUAAGCUUUCUUUUCCGGAUAUUGACUAUGCUUUAAUGGGUUACAACAUAUUGCGUGGUUUUCCUCUUGCAACUGGACAUGACCCUGGUUUUUCGUAUCCGAUAUUUGCUGCCAAUUAUGACAACAAAAAGCAAACCGCCGAUUGUCGCUACAGU